UAAAAUCACUCAUUUUAAUUUGAAUAAAAUAGUAAGAGCAAGGGAAAAAUCUCUCUUAAAACCCUUUUUCUCAAGCACAGCCGGAGCAGCUAUUCGAGUAGUGUUUUCCGGCACCGUAAUUAUAGCCUAAGGUGAUCUUAUUAUUACCAAUUGAUUGUUAUAGAAUCAGUUAAUCAAUCAUGUUUUUGACAAGAUUUAUACGGAGAUGCUCACUUCAUGUUACUGCUAUAUCUGAAUCCUCUGUUUCUGCUACUGCUGCUGCUGCUUCUACAACUCCGGCUGCGCGUAACCCUAUCGAGGAGUUCUUCGAAGUUGAUCGGAGACGAGAUGAUGACAAACCAAUUGUCUAUGGUCGAAGUUGGAAAGCUUCUGAAUUGCGUCUUAAGUCGUGGGAUGAUCUUAAUAAGCUAUGGUAUGUUCUCUUCAAGGAGAAAAACAUGCUCAUGACUCAACGCCAGUUGCUUCAUUCUCAGAAUCUCCGAUUUCCACAUCCCGAGCGCUUACCCAAGGUGAGGAAGUCGAUGUGUCGAAUCAAGCAGGUACUAACUGAGAGAGCAAUUGAGGAUCCAGAUCCCAGGCGAUCUGCUGAGAUGAAGAGGAUGAUAAACGCGUUGUGAUGACCUCCGAACUGGUCUCUUUUUCUGAUAAAGUUAUGGGGUGUGAUGUAGCUGUAUUUUAUUGGAUGCGUAGCCGUAUCCUGUGGGAUGAUGAACUUCCAAACCUUUUUCUGUGUUCAUGAUAAGUUUAGUUGGAGAUUACAUUGCCCAACACAUAAUUAGGACUAAUUAUGCUGGUGACUUUGUUCUA